CCUGCCUGGCCGCUUCCCGGCGCCUCCCCAGUGUCCUUGCCAAGAGGGUGGGCGCCAGUUCUCUCCUGCCCGACGGAAUGUAGGGGCCUCUCCAGCGAGCACCUCCCAGGAACUGGCGCUGAGGGGCAGCCCCGACUUCUCACUGCUUCAAGUUCACCCUCCUCGGCCGCUGACCUCCUCUGGGUGUCUUUACCCAAGUGGUGGCUUUUCUCCCGUUGGGGGGUGGGGGGAACCACCUGUUCUUUUGGACUCAGCCCAGGAGACUGCCACCUCUGACUUCACUCUCAGCUUACAAGAUCUUAAAAAGCCAAGCUGCUGAGAACCAGCCCUAGACCUCUGCUUGAGGGUCCUUCCUCUGGAGACAUCACCAGUGUGUGGAGCCUGCCCCACACCCACCCCCUGCCAAACCACGGCCUUUACCUGUGUCUUCCGGUGUUUCCCGUGCGACCCAUCCUGUGGGAGUGCGUCGUGGGCUGCCCCGGAGUUCACCCCACGCUCAGCAGCGCCAAUGGUGAAGAUGACAAGAUCCAAGACUUUCCAAGCAUAUCUACCCUCCUGCCACCGGACCUACAGCUGCAUUCACUGCAGAGCCCACUUGGCCAAUCAUGACGAACUCAUUUCCAAGUCGUUCCAAGGAAGUCAAGGACGAGCAUACCUCUUUAACUCAGUAGUUAAUGUGGGCUGCGGGCCUGCAGAGGAGCGAGUCUUGCUAACGGGACUGCAUGCAGUCGCAGACAUUUACUGUGAAAACUGCAAAACCACUCUGGGCUGGAAAUAUGAACAUGCCUUUGAAAGCAGCCAGAAAUAUAAAGAAGGCAAAUACAUCAUUGAGCUAGCACACAUGAUCAAGGACAAUGGCUGGGACUGAUGGGAGAGCAUCCACCCAAUCCAGUGUCCACGUGAACGCCAUCCACCUGAACAUUCUACCCGAGCGUGAGAGAGUGACUGAACACUCGGUUCCAUCCAUUUAGGGGCCUCGCCAUCUGGGGCAUUCUCCCACCCUGACGCCAUCUUUCUGGUGACCGGCCUCUAAAUCGCUGUCUCUCUGUCUCUUU